AUGUCCGUCUUAGCAUCCAUUGCCGUAGUAACCAAGCACUCCUGGAAGGCAUACAUUACGUUUGACGACUAUGAGCACCAAGAUUUUAUUGGGACGCAUGUACAGUCGAAUAUUCCGGUUUCUACAUUAAAGUUUUUGGCGCUUACCAAGGAACUCUUCGAUAUUCGAAUAAAUGCCAUACACGAUUUGGUUAAGCAUAAAUAUCCGUCUAUGUUUAUAGAAAACUUGGUUCUUCUCUUUGCUAUUGCCAGCAUCCUUUUAAUCACUACCAUCAGCUUACUACUUCACCUUCUUGGACAUUCGACACUGGAGACGACUAUACCGUUCUUUAUGAUCUUCAUCCCGUUGCGAUAUUUUGGGGGACCCGUCGAAGAGCAACUUACCAAUACCGUAUGCGCGUUAACUCAAAAGUUUGAGAAUGAUAUCGAGAUUUUGAUGCGAGAGACAACUCAGGAAGACGUGACCAAGGAAAUCAAAUGGGAACACAGACACAUACGGCUCAGUGACACAUGGAGGUCCCUGAAAAUUGCCAAGCCUCUUUGCGAGCUCACCAAUGUUGGUAUCAUUGUACAGGCUCUGCAUGUUGAUUUGACCACCCAGUUGGAAGUCAUGGGCGAAGACCUUUUACCGUCCUACAACGAAAGUGUACCACAAACUACAAUUCAUAUCAGUGAUGCUCGACUGCCGCAUUAUGACGAUUUAGUAGCUCAUGAAGACAUUGACCUGGCUGACCUGACACGGCCAUCUUACCUUAAUCCACCUCUGCCUAACAUGGCCCUCCCUGAGUAUAUGCCUACUGCCCCGCAAACUGGGUAG